AUGUUGUCCUCGACAUCAGCUCUCAUCUCCCGCGCCGGUCUCCGCGCUUCUGCACCAGUCGCACGACGAACAUUCGCCACAACACCUCGCGUCCUCUCUGCAAGACCAGACACAGUCUCCGGUUUCCGCGAUGACCACUCCCACAACCCUGUCCCCGGCGCCCACCCAUCGCCCGAAAUCAACAUCGCUCGCACCCGCUCAACCAUUCGAGUCCUAGUCCCAUCUGUUGGCGUCAUGUUCGCGUUCAUUGGCUGGUGGUUCUUCGGGCAUGAGGACCGGGCCCACCGCAAGGAGACCAUCGAUGUGGGCGCUGAUGGGUUCAACAAGUUGAAGGGUAGCAAGCACCGUGCUGCUCAACAGCUCGCUAAUGGGGAGAGGAACCCGGAUGGAUCCAAAGUCCUUUAA